CAUGACUUCAUUUAGCAGAAACUUCAGUGUGUGGACAUCACGAGUUUACUUCUCAUUAUUCUCUGUGUCAGGGUAACAGGACAGCUAAAGAAUGAUUCACAGGUACCAGCCCCAGAAACACCGCCCCGAGGCAGCCACCACCCUGAAAGGAAGAGCAGCCAAUCACCGAUACUCAUGAGCAUGACAGAACUCUGUAUUACUGGAGCUGUUAAUAGCACUGAAACACCUGAAAGACAUCUGUGUAAACGAGGACAUAAAUGGAAGACUGGGCUGGAAUCCAGAGCAGCAGCAUCAUGGAGAGGAUCCUGCUGUGUGUCUGCUGCUUCUCAGGCUGGUUUGUCUCCACAUGCUGUCCCCGUCAGUACCACUAUGUUGAUGAUGCAAAGACUUGGACUGAAGCUCAGAGCUACUGCCAACAGAAUCAUACAGACCUGGCCUCCAUCGAGAACACUGAAGAAAUGAAGCAGCUGAACAGCACAGUUUCAUCUGCCGCUCACAGCUCUGAGCUCUGGAUCGGUCUGUACAGUCAGAUCAGGUGGAGGUGGUCAGAUGGGCUCACAGGGAGUGGAGCUGACUACAGGAACUGGGACACUUCUGAAUAUGAACCAGAUUUUUACUCUGGGGUUCAGUUCUGUGUGUCCUCUUUAAAAGGAAAAUGGUGGGAUUUUCAGUGCAGUGAGAAGCUCCAGUUUAUUUGCUACAGAGGAUCUCAGAUGAACCCUGAGUUUGAUUUGGUGGAUAAAGAAAUGAGUUGGUCCGAUGCUCGGAGGUACUGCAGGGAGAACUUCUUGGACCUGGCCACUGUCAAGAACCCCGGAGAGAACCAACAAGUCCAUGAACAGGCUCAGAGUAAAAGGGUGUGGAUUGGCCUGCACAGAGAGCCACACAUUUAA